CAUAUUUGGAUUUCUUCAUAUUCUCCAUAGAUAAACAUUGUCAUAUAACUUCCCUCAAAUGGCCAUCUCUUAUAUUUGCUUUCUCUUCUUUCUUUCUUUCUUUCCUCACAGCCAUGCAGCUACUUUUCAAAUCCGCAACAACUGCCCCUUCGCUGUUUGGGCUGCUGCCGUACCCGGUGGCGGACGACGACUUAAUCAGAACGAUGUUUGGACACUUAACGUGAAUCCCGGCACUGUUGCUGCUCGUAUUUGGGCUCGAACUAACUGCAACUUCGACGGUUCGGGCCGUGGUAGAUGUCAGACCGGUGAUUGUGGUGGCCUCCUCCAAUGCCAAGCUUACGGUACUCCGCCGAAUACCCUUGCCGAAUAUGCGUUGAAUCAAUUCAAUAACUUAGACUUCUUCGAUAUCUCUCUCAUCGAUGGGUUUAACGUCCCUAUGGAGUUCAGUCCAACUUCUGGCGGAUGCGCUCGUGGCAUCAGGUGCACUGCGGACAUCAACGGGCAGUGCCCGAACGAGCUUAGGGCUCCUGGAGGGUGUAACAACCCGUGUACUGUGUUCGGCGGGGAUCGAUACUGCUGCACGGCCCCAAACAGCAGCUGUGGGCCGACGGAUUACUCUAGGUUCUUCAAGAAUCGUUGCCCAGAUGCAUAUAGUUACCCAAAAGAUGAUGCAACCAGCACAUUCACUUGCCCUGGGGGAACCAACUAUAGGGUUGUUUUCUGCCCUUAAAACCAGAUUAUAUAGAUAUAAAAAGGAAACCAAACGUUACAUGAAUAGUUAAAGAGUUGCCAUAUAUAUUAUAUACCUUUUAUAUAGGUAUAUAUAUGGUGUAAUUUGUAAUAAGAUUUGGAUAUGGUUGGUAAAUGAGCACAUUAUUUAGUGAUGUGCAAAAUGAUAUAUAUAUUCUCAAUGGAAUAAUGAAUAAUACUUUUUUUCUCCAUA